AUGAAGUUCAUCAUAAGUGCCCUUGUUCUAUGCGCUUUGUCCAUGACUUCAAAUGCAAGUGUAGUUCCGCUGUCUGCUGUGCGUUUUUCUCCACUUUUGUAUUCCGCUGUCGCUUAUGGACCUGGCAUUGUUCCUGUAAAUGCACCUUCAGAUUUACCAUCUGGACUUCAUGUUUACGGUGUUCCUUUAAUUGUACCAGUUGGCUUGAAGACUGAAGCAACUUACACAGCAAAGACUCCUGGUUCUGAACAUGUUGCAACACUUUCUGGACAUUUGAACUCAGCUUCUUUCAUCAAUUUGCGAACUAUACCAGCUACCAAGGAUUCAAAUUCUCUCCCACCAUCAGUAGCCAUCCAUGGUUCACCCAAUCUAGUUGUUCUUCCUUAUAGUAUUUCACCACUUACCAUUCCAGCACCACUUGUUCUACAAACUGAAGCCAAAUAUGUAGCCAAGAAUCUUGGAGUUGAGCAUAUUGCUCCACUUCCUGGUCACACAAUUUCAGCUACUUCCUUGAACUUGCAACCAGCACCAGGAUCAAAUUAA